AAUGAGGACUAUCAUCUUACGGAAGAUGAGAAUGAGGUGCGAGCUGAAAGGAAGAAAGCCAAAGAUGUGGAGUAUGAAGCUCACAUGAAGAAUGGCACGUGGGAACUAACUCCAUUACCGAAGGGAGAACGAUGCAUCUCAAGUGGUUGGGUAGAAUCCGACAAACGAGAUAAAGACGGAGUUAUCGUAAGGAGAAAGGCAAGAUUCAUUGCAAAGGGCUACAGUCAAGAGUAUGGAUAUGAUUAUCUCCAUACUUAUGCACCGGUUGCAUCGAUAACGACGAUUCGUUUGAUAUUGGCAUUAGCAUGCAUAUUGGACCUUGAGCUGGACAACAUGGAUGUUGAAACAGCUUACCUUCAAUCAGACCUUGAGGAAAAGGUAUAUGUUAAACAGCCAAUUGGAUAUGAGCAACAUGGACCGGAUGGAGAGGAGCU